AUGGAGCGCGCGCAUGUGCUCAUCCGCUUGCGAGGUGACGCGUCUGUUUCUACUUCUGUCGGAAUUUGUCGAACAAGCUCCACGACCGUCCGAUUGGAGCACAGCGAGAUGUCUCCGGGAGUGGCCAGCAUCACCUUCGAGCAGGUCUUCGACGUGAACGACAGCAAUUCUCGUGUAUUCCAGACCAGUUUAACAGGUGCAAUAGACGACUUUAUUGGUGGCAAAGCUGUGACGCUGAUAGCCACAGGCGCGACGAAUGCAGGCAAGUCGUUCGCGUGUCAUGGCGACCAGGAAAGGCCGAGCAGCCGAAAAUUCGAGCCAGGCCUGAUAACGUUGGCAAUACGACGAGUUUUCAGCAAUUUGGAGUCCGAAAUUAAAGAUGGGGGCAAAUGCAACGUACUCUUGAGCUGCUGGGGCAUUGGACGUAGUGGGACGAGCAAUCCCGAAGCUCUGGUAGACCUUCUAGCAGCUGGGACGUCCGUCACCACAGAGGACAUGGAGAAGGCAAUGGUGGAUCAUUCUCUGGUCGUCAGGACGCCGGCAGAAGCCGUGCAUCUGUACUCGAAAGCACUGGAAAGAGUCAAGUGUGCGGAGAAGCAGGAUUUUGUGUUUGUGCUGCACGUGGAGACGCUGUCGCCUCAUGGAGAGGCGAGACGAGGACGGUUGGUUGUCAUGGAUAUCCAUGGAGGAUCUAUCGUUGAGCCGAGAGGAGAGGUGGCGAGCCAAACGCAGAAGAAAACUCGUGGAGAGUAUUUCUUAGACACGCAGUUUCCAGUGAAUGAGACGCUCAGUGCAGGCUUCGGACCGUUCGUGGGAAAUACCAGCUCGACCUACGUCCUGGUUGCAAUUCAAACUCCUGCGCCGUUCCAGCAGCAGGUAAUGGCCAUCCAGUCGUUGUUGUAUGCGUGUAAAGCGAAAGAGAUCAAGAGUUCGUGCUCGAUAAACUGUAUUCCGUCUUCUAUCGAGAAAAACAACGCGAAUCAACCUGGUGAGACGCCGAAUCGACUGCCAAUGGACGCGGAAAAUCAAUCCCCCGGCUGUCGUGAAGACUACGACGUACCCAAGUCUCCUCCACCCUCAUCCGUUGAUCAAUAUUAUAUGAUCCUGAUGGAAUGUUGCGCUCGAGAACCUGUGAUGUCACCGAUUCUUAGCCCAAGUACAAGCUGUGAAAGUGAAGAAUCGCUCAAGCAGUCGACCGUGUCAAGGCGAGUGCGUAGGGCCUACGACAUCGCCAAAGCUGCUACCAGCUCGCCACUGAAAUCAAGUGCUGUUUCCACUGCGAGCUCCAACCAGACUGGCGAUUCUACUGCCCACGCUGCAGUUAACGAACUACUGAAGCAUCUUUCGCCUGACUCGCUACGUGGACUCUCUCUCCAGGCCAAAUGCGAGCAAAUCCGAACAACGCAAGCUGAAUUAGAGCGGGCGCUAGCGCACGAAAUCUCUAUUAAGGACAAGUGUGUGGACCGCAUCUCGCGACUGAGUCAGACCAUGAGCUGCCAAGUGGUUGAGCACGAGCAACAGCUCCACGAAGCUCUGACGGCGAAGCAUGCGGCAGAGUCUCAGCUCCAAGAUCUCACCGUAAAAUUCGAUGAUGUUGGCCGCGAGGUGACACGCCUACAGGAAGAAGUCAGGCUACUGAAAGCUGGCUCGGCUGCUGCUCCAACGUCAGAAAACGAGCGCUCCAUGCUCCAUACCUUGUCCACUCGGCUUGAAGAGGCGAUGAUCCAAGCUAAGGACGUGAUCACGUACAAAGACGGAGUCAUUCAGUCUCUCAAGGAGCGACUCCAGCUUGCAAGUAAGCGUGGAGCAGACACAAUCGCUCUCUUGCAGCAGGAGAGGAGUGAGUUCGAGCGUGAAAAGACCAAUCUACUCGCUCAGCUACAGCAGAGUAAGGACAGCAGUGCCAGUAAGAAGGACGAGGAGGUUUCGAGGCUACAGGCGGAGAAUAUGGCGCUUGAGCAGCAAAAGGCGGCGCUUACAGUUAAAGUUGCGCAACUUACGCUUGAGCUGGAGACGGCGCGAUCGCAGUGGACGCAGGACGCUCGUGACCGUGAGCAUCGAGCUGAAAAGAGAUGCGAGAAGCAAGUAGCUCAAGCCGAAGAGCAGCUCGAACAAGCGACUACCGCGAUGCAGCAGCAAAUGGCUCAAUUUCGUGCUGAACUGGACAUGAAAGUGGCGAAGCAGCGUGUGGCUGCGCAAGUGGCGUGCAGAGCAGGUGAACUGAAGUGUGCAGGGAUGGAACGCGAGUUGCAGCGAAUGAAAGUGAAGCUGGCCAAGCAGAAGGUGAAAAUGGACAAGAAGACGCGUGCGUUGGUAGCCAGUGCUCAACAAGAGCACAAAGAGCCUGUCGAAAUGCUGAAGCGUGAGCUUGAAGCGCUAUCCGGCCGCUUAAUUGCGGCAGUGGAACGUGAGCAGGAGGCGAUUAGAAGAGCAGAGGAGAGUGAGGACGCUGGGGAGCGGUUAGAAGCUGACGUGCAGAGGCUUAAGACGUCAGCAAGCGAGCUGGAGCGGGAACGCGCUGUCUUGGGGAACCUUUACAAGGACCUCGAGGCGGAUAAAGACGCAGUUGAAGCUAAGCUUGAGCUCCGUAAACGCGAGAUGGAACAGUCACUAGCACAGCAAAUAAUGGCAGUGGAAGCUCGCGUCAACAAGGAGCGGGACGACCAAGUACAGACGUUGAUAGACCAACACAACGUCGAGGUAGAUCGGUUAAGCGCUGAAGCAAGAGACCGUGAGGAGCGAAUAGCAGAGUUGACGCAACUAGCCAGACAUUCGUCGUCGUCAGCAGCAUCAGAAGAUGGAUCGUUGACGUCAGAUAGCAGCCACCAGAAGAGUAUUGACGAACUGGACGCCUUGAUCGUCGCGAAAGAGCGACGGUAUAGGCAUCUCGAGAAACGGAGUAAAGCUAGUAGCUCAUCACGAUCACCGUCUUCGUCCCCGCCUACGGAGAAGGCGUCUUCAUGUUUAAAGAGAGAACUGACUCACAAAGAAGAGAAGAUUGCAGAACUCUCGGCCCGUCAAAAAGAACUCCUGGUCGCGUUGGCGACUGCUAACGAGCAGGAAACGCGUGCAAAGCAACAGGCUCAAGAGACCAAGACGCAACGGGAGAACGAACUGGCUCAGUACGAAGACGCGCUCCAACAGCUUAAUAGUCUAAAGCGGGAGAACUGGAACCUCAGUCUCGCUCUCCACGUCACAGAAGCGUCAAAGCAGCAACGUAAAGCCCCACAAGCGAACUUAAUCUACUAG